UCUCACCACACCAAACACUACACAGCCAACUCCUACUCUAUACAGUUUUGUAUUUAACUUGGAAUUUUCUUGAGUUUUUGUGGAGAGAAGAGGAUGGAGAGCAAAGAGGAGGAUGUACGAUUGGGAGCUAACAAGUUCUCGGAGAGGCAGCCGAUCGGGACUGCGGCACAGAGCCAGGACAAGGACUACAAGGAGCCACCACCGGCGCCUCUGUUCGAGCCGGGCGAGCUGACUUCUUGGUCGUUUUACAGAGCUGGGAUAGCUGAGUUUAUUGCGACUUUUCUGUUCUUGUACAUAACCAUUUUGACUGUCAUGGGGGUUAGCAAAUCUGACUCCAAGUGCUCGACUGUUGGUAUUCAAGGCAUUGCUUGGGCUUUUGGUGGCAUGAUCUUUGCCCUUGUUUACUGCACUGCUGGAAUUUCAGGAGGACACAUCAAUCCUGCAGUGACAUUUGGGCUGUUCUUGGCAAGGAAAUUAUCCUUGACAAGGGCAUUGUUCUACAUGGUGAUGCAGUGCCUAGGUGCCAUCUGCGGUGCGGGUGUGGUGAAGGGCUUCGGCAAGACUCUGUAUCAGACCAAGGGCGGUGGUGCCAACGCUGUUGCCCAUGGCUACACCAAGGGUGACGGCCUUGGUGCUGAAAUCAUCGGUACUUUUGUGCUCGUUUACACCGUUUUCUCUGCCACUGAUGCCAAGCGCAGCGCUAGGGACUCCCAUGUUCCCAUAUUGGCACCAUUGCCUAUUGGGUUUGCAGUGUUCUUGGUGCACUUGGCCACCAUCCCCAUCACCGGUACCGGUAUUAACCCCGCCAGGAGUCUUGGAGCAGCCAUCAUCUACAACAAGAGCCAUGCUUGGGAUGAUCAUUGGAUAUUCUGGGUCGGACCAUUCAUCGGGGCAGCGCUCGCAGCUCUAUACCACCAGGUGGUGAUCAGGGCCAUCCCAUUCAAGUCCAAGUGAACUUUCCCAUCACAAGAAAACAAUCCCUUUUGAUCUUCAAGCUGUGGCCGUUCUUUCAAGAAUAUGAAGAUGAAGAAGACAAAGACAAAACAAAAAAUAAAUCCAAUGUUGUAAUUUUCAGUUUCCUCUUUUGUCAAUUCCGUUUGUUGUAUGUACGUAUUAGGUGUGUAGGAAUUAUGUGAUGAUAAGGCAGGCAAAGGGGGGGCUUUUGGUUAUUCAAUGAAAGUCCAGCUAAUGUGCUGCUGCCCAAUCGAAGUAGGAUUGGGUUUGGGUAUCAUUUGUAAUGUAUUAUUAUUAUGUGGCUGUGGAAUGAGAAGUUGUCGUAAUUUAUAAUA